CUGACAUCUUGACAUUUCAUUCUCGAAAGUUCAUAAGCUAAAUUUUCCACAUAUGUCAAAUUUUCUCCGUGCGUCAAUAUUUUUCUAUUGUGUGUAAAUUUUUCCCUAUAUACAGUACGGAAAAUCUUCCUCGUAGGUCAAUUUUUUCCCGUGUAUACAAUUUUUAUCCCUGGUUGCUAGUGUGAUUAUGUAUGUGACUGGUUAAAGAUGAAACUAUGAAACGAAAAUAUAAUAUAACAACAAACGUUAUCUUUAUGUAAAUAAUUAAGAGAGAAAACCACCUAAUUUAAGAACGAGUCUCUAAGGCCGUAUUGUAAACUCACGUAUUCACAGCCACACAAGCAUUCACAGACAUCUGGGGCUGUUGGGAGUUAAGGUCAAUUAAACACACAUGACUGAGGUCCUAGGUUCGUGUGAAUGAUUAAAAUCUCAUCUUACCGGAGGAGUGACUGAGAUGGUAGAAAUACUAUCUGUUGGCACCUUUUUUCACUACACUUGGCUACCUGGUGCUGGUUAGUCAGGUCACUUCAGGUUACUUGUGUGAGUCACCUGAUGCUGUACUAUAUCUCAUCUUGGAUAACUGUAUAACUAAACUACUGGAUCAAUGUAUCACUUUACCACUGGACCACUGUAUCACUGCAAUACUGUAACAAAAACCAACAGGACCACUGGAACACAAGACCACUGUACCAGUAUCAUUUGACCAUUGGAACAAUUUAUUACCCGAUCACUGUAAAACAAACCCACUAAACCACUGUAUCACAAUACCACUGAUCUAAUAUAUCAUUAAAUUACUGAACACUGACCACUAAAUCAGGAGAGUGUAGGAAGAGAACGUGUUGAGGUGCUUCGGUUCUCCUCUUUAAGUAAUGGCCACCACCAGACCCCUCAUCAGGAUCGCGGCCGAGGAGUGGGUGCCGUACACUAACCUCCAGGCUGAUGAGAAUGAUUCGCUCAGUAUUGGCGGACCAAUGGGGAACUUUCUCCACGUUUUCUCAAUUAUGAUGGAUUUCGAUUACGAGCUGGUGCGUCCUCCUGAUGGCUUAUGGUCUGCACGGUUCCCAAACGGUUCUUACAAGGGGAUGGUCGGCAUGUUAAUGAGGGAGGAGGUCGAGUUUGCAUUGGGUCCGUUCUUCGCCACGGACGAAAGAGAGUCCGUGGUAGACCUCACAGUGCCCUUCUACAAUGACUUCUAUGCCAUAUUCAUGAUCAGACCAACUCUUUCCAACGACGUCCUGGGUUUCGUUAAACCGUUCAUGCCUCUGGUGUGGUUGUUGAUUGUGUUAAGUCUUGUGUGCGUAGGCGUGACUAUGGCGUGUGUGGCAUGGGCUGAGAGCAACAUCUUCCUCCUUGCCAAGGAGUCAUACGCGUCCAAGAGCGCCCUGUGGGUGGUGCAGACACUGUCUCAAGAGAGCUCUGAGUGGCUGCCCAAGAAGGACGGAGGCCGCCUCAUAGUGACCACAUGGCUCCUGGCCUCCUUAGUGUUCAUGUCCUCCUACAGCGGCAUCCUCACGGCCAUGUUGACGGUGCCACACGUAGAUAUUCCCAUUGAUUCCCUGGCUGACCUUCUGGGCCAGUCUGACCUACCCUGGAAGAUUGAGGCGGGGACUAUGAUGCACCAGUACCUGAACGAGUCCGAGGACGAGGUUAAGCGGAGGAUCUACUCAGGUAAGGCUGGCACCUUCGUCAGCUGCUGGAGGUCUCGUCAGAACAUCGCCGAGGGAAAGUUUGCUGCCAUCUGUGAUAAAACCUCCAUGAAGAAGAUCAUGUCUUGGGACUUCAGCACCACAGGGAAGUGCCACCUGUACACCUCCCGCGAGAAAGUGUACAGCAGUGGUAUUCUGACAAUGGCCUUCAAGACUAACUCUACCUACCUGACCAGUGCUAAUGAAUUAAUCCAUCAACUAAAGGAGGGAGGGUUGUUCGACAAAUGGCUAGGAGACGAGAUCACCAACACUUCUGUGUGUCUAAGGCCACCCAGUAGUGACCGAGGAGAUGGAAUAUCCCCUCUCAACCUGGAGGCCUUCUCUGGGCCGCUGCUUUUGUUGGGGGCAGGUUUCUCAGUGGCCUUCUUCACGUUCCUGUGUGAGCAUCUGUGUCGUCAAGUGAACCAGUUUGUAACCAGAUCUUCCUCGGGUAUUCCGACAACCAGCCACUCACUACACAAUUUAGACAAGUAAAUUAUAAAUUCUUACACUCGUACAGCGUUGCAAAGUGGUGGCAUAAACUUCCCUUUACAGUAGUAUUUAGGCAGCAGUUACAUCCCACCUUUUAAAGGAUUCCUCCACCAGACAACCAACACGAAUUUGUUGAUCUCUAUCUACCCUUCGGUAUUUUUAUGAUAAGUGCACAAACUCUCUUAAAAAAAAUUGCAAGUUCCUCGGACAUUCAACCAGCUAACACUCGGUCGACAUGUGACACUCAUUUUUUUUUUAGGAUACUGCAGUAACAUAAGGUUGUGGCUUGAUGUGUGUUUUCUUCGUCUGAGAGCACUAGGUGACAUUACCAACAGAGAAAAACUUUUGGUUCAUAUAACGACUAUUCAUAUAUUAUAAUAUGCUUACACACGUGUUUACCAUAGUACAGCACUUGUACACGAGUAUAUACCAUAAUAUGUAUACACAAGACCAUAGUAUGUGUACACGAGUAUAUACCAUUUAUGUAUACACGACUGUAUACCAUUGUAUGUAUACACAAGUGUAUACCAUUGUAUGUAUUCACCAUUGUAUUGUAAUAGCCCUGUCUCAUCAACAGGAAGAUUAUAUAAAUGGGUUAAUUACA